AUCUGCGGAAGCAGUCUAACCUUACUUAAGCCAAGUCUUUAGAUCCAGGGUGGGGUGGGGUGUCGUAACGUAACAAAAUUACUGUGAAAAAAGUUUCGUUUUUCGUGGUAUGUUACAUUGUAACCGGUAACCAGAGACCGAAGACUAACGUUAUUUUAUUUAUAACCGCAUAGAAUGCUUCGGAAAAAAACGUUAUGUUCCUAGUUCUUUUGAAAUGUUAUUCACGGGUCACUGUUGCCACAUAACAUCGGGCAGCACAGUUGACAAAUUGCAUGGAAUCCAAAAAUCGCAGAGGAAGUACUUGCUAGUCGGAUGGAAAAGUCGUGGAGAAGGACAGGGGGGACGUUAUCUCCUUCUGACGCUUCCUGCACACUUCCAGUACCGCUGUGAACUCCUGUUCUCAAUUCGACCAGAAACCGCAGGGCAGGGGAGAGAAACGUCAACACCACCUGUUGCAUUUUUGCGCCGCGUCUGGGUGAAAAAGCGUCUUAAGCGGAUUUCCGAAGCGCCAAGCUAUGGGUAAAAGCGGUUAUCUGCGGGCAGAAGUGAGCUGAGCGUUUUCUCCCAGCCGCAGCGGCACUAAGCGGUUUUACAUAGGGGGUAUGUCGGUGUUUCUCUCUCCAGGUGCGAUGUCACGUUACACGUUUGGUUACGUUACGACGCCCUGAUCAGGGGGCAAGGCACAAUUUUUUGCAAUCAUUUUCAGUCAACGCGUGUAAGUGUAGUUUCAGCAGUCAAACGAACAACCUAUGUUAAUACGUUUCAGCAGAGUAUUUAAUUCAUUUCAAUGUGCACUGUGGUGAAAAAUCGUCGAAUGUUUACGAAUAAAAAUUCCAUGAUGUGUAUCGUAAAAGCGAUACCCUAGACUGAAAGUCACGCAUUUCAGCAGCCCGUUUCAAAACUAACGCAGUUCAGCCGCACGCUCCGAAAGACACACAGUUUUCCAUUCUAGAGAUAGGAUCUGCGUUAGUCUUGGAACGGGUGGCUGAACUGCGUGCCUUUCAUAUUCUUACGUGUCGAAAUUACAAUUUCAAAUAGUUGAUGUACACGCACACCUAUCGACUUGGGAUUGAUUAACAAGCAAUAAUUAGGGAUGGACACUUUAUGCAAAAAAUAAUGCCAAAUUAUGCGGGCAAAAUCUGGUCAAUUAUGCGGCCAUUAUGCGGGUUAAAUAGUGAAAGUAUGCGCCAACUAUGCGAUAAAAAUCUGUGAAUUUAUGCAAAUACGUGCAAAUAUCUGCGAAAAAGACGGAAAAAAUGCAAAACAAUGCAAUAAAACAAAUUUAUUUAUGAAAAUUUAGUCUUAAUAUCCAACAUCUAAGAUUUAAAAUGUACCUUGACGUUUGCCGUAGCCUUCGAUUUUGUUAGACAGCGUAAAUAUAUGGUAAAAAGUGAAAAACCGACUGAAAAUUUAGAUGCUCUUGUCAGAUUAUGCGCUUAAAAUGCGAGUUAUGCGGUCAUUAUGCGAGAAAUGCGAGAAACGGCAAAUUAUGCGUUUUUAUGUGACCUAAAAAUGAGUUCUUCUAAGCACCCCAAACUCAUAUCUGUUCAUAUUUUUUCAUUCUGAGCAUUUUACAAAAUUAUGCGUUUUAUGCGCUUGCAUAAAGUGCCCAUCCCUAGCAAUAAUGGGCUGUCAAAAAUUCACAACAUUUUAACUAAAAAUUACCACAAAUACUAUAAAUUUACAAGUAUAUUUUUCAGAGUGUUAAAAAAAAAAAACUUCAAAGGGAACUUAAAUUUUUGACACUAUCCAAUUUAAAAUGUGCAGUACGGCGCAAUUGUGGAAUCUGCUGAAAAGUUUGGUAAAGUAAUAGCUGUCUUCCGACUACUCUGGCUGAUAGGAGGGCGUAGAAGGUAGAAGAUCGGGGAACAAGGAGUUCCUAACGCGGUCCAGUCAUUCUACAAUUGGCAAAAUAAUCAAAUUACGAUCAUUCCCAAUCAUUUCCAAUCUUUCCAGUCUGUCUACAGUCCCACCAAUCAAUCAUUAAUCACCUCUAGUCAGCUGUCAUACUGAGCAGCAAUCUUCUGAGUGUUGAGGCAAACACUAACUUCAUUCCGUGUGUUGGAAAAGUUUCGUGACUUUUACCAAAACCUGUUCUAAAAGAUGACAAAUCUGCAACAUAUAUUCUGAGUUGUAAAUUUCUGAGUAAUGAUUGUCUGUGUGAUGAUGCCCUCCCGUUUUUUCAUGGACUUUUCUCCGCUCUCCCGCCAGAGCAGACUUUGCAAGGAAUUUUACAAAAAGUGCAGUGUGAGUGAUCCGCGCAGUCUUUUUUUGAUGCUUAUAUACGGUACCGGAUUCAGGCGUUCGGGUGGUCUUGCAUACCUUCGCUCGCCAUGGCACCUUAAGGCCCCGUUCGAAUAUGCAACCGGUCCGCGUGCAUGAAUCCUGUACAGCAUGAGCAGAAAAAAAGACGGCGGCGGGGAUCACCCACCCUGUAUAUGUCCCUAACUUGACUAGGAUUU